AAUCUGAGGUGUUUCAGAGAAAAUGUUUGGUUGAAACAUGAUUAAUUUGACAGACCUAGAGUACGGAGAAAACACAAGAAAACUUUAAAUGGUAUAAAAUUUAAAAAGUGUCCCACUUACAAAGUUGAGAAGAUUUAAAAAGUGUUACCCCCUCACCUUUGUAUUUUAUCUAACUUUUGACCUUUCAUUUCAUAUCCCCUUAUGUUGACUUUUUAGGAAUUAGAGAAUAAAAUCCCAGCACAAUGCUCUUCCACAGAGACACCGACCCAAGUCCAGAUGACACGUCCACCGAGUCUCCCAGGUGUUCGCUGCCAGAAUUAUAUGCAUUUGUUGACAAUUUUAAUAAGGAGAGCAAGAAAUCGAAUCUCCUAAAAAUUUACAGUAUUUCACCUAGUGAAGCACAGAAAAUCCUCAGUCAAAAACCGAAUGCUAUGCCAGUCAUCAGCGGACCUAACGUGAGAGAAGAUCCUCAGCCUCUUUUCAUGGGCAAGGUGGUUAGAAAAGAGCAGGAGAGUCCAGAAGUUAUGACUGAAUUCCUACACUGCUGCUUACUGACUGGCUCAUGCCUUCCCAUAGAGAGACUCUCCAAAUCCCAGCGGAGACUAACUAAGUAUGGGAUCCCUCCUCCCUCAUACACUUUUCCGUCUGAGAUUCUCACUGAUCCCUCCAGCUCUUUGGCCACCACAAAGAAGAUUCAGGACACCAAGCUGGGCAUUUCCCAUGUCAAGCCAGAAAAGUUUAUCUUUGAAGAUAGAGUUUCUGGAUAUGUAUUAGCUGAUCCAGAUAAACAAUUCAUGGAUCUAAGGGAUCUGGAAUGGAGAUAUUAUAAGGGGAUUGCAAAGUGGAAGCACAACACUACAGAUUCAUUUAUAAACAUACCAUACAACAGUGAGAAGAGGUUUGUAGAAAGCCAGAAGAUGCCUGAUGUUAUUUUCCCCCCUCUAGUUCAUAGGUCUUUGGUCAUUUAUCCUCGAAUUGAUUAUCCAAAAAACAUAACUCCUCCUUCUUAAAUGGAAUAUGCAGUUCAUUAGAAUAUUGUGGAUGUGGAUUUUGCUUUUGAGAACAUUGAAUUUAUACACAAAAAGUAAAGAAGCAGAGGCAUCAUGGAACAUAGGAAGUGAGUCUAUACAAUAUGCAUGUGAGGUCCAAAAUCAAACCAUUAUAUGGAGUAAAGGUUCCAAUUGAUCUAU